GCGCGCUCGUGCGUGUGCGCGCCGCCCGUGAUCGUUCGGUGCGGCCGAGGAGGUAAACAUUGUACAGUACGAUUGACCGGUCCCGAAGCGGCGGGUCUUUCACUUUUUCGUCUUGGCCCGUCUUUUACGAGAAGAGAAAGAAGAGGGACAACUUCCUUUUUUUCUUCCCGAACUUUUCGUCCUUUUCGCAUAAACUUCUUGAGUUUCGCUUCGCGAAAUUGGAUCAAAAUCGAGAUUUUACGCAUCACUCGUCGUUAACGUGGUGUAACAUUUUCCUGAUGUUAUCGAAACGAAGGAUGACAACCAAAUGCCCAGUUUUUGGAUUACACUAGGAUAUAACGCAGCUUCCUGUCCUCGAUGUUGGGCUACUAUCAAACAGAACCUGUGCUGCCGAAUUCAGCAAUGUCAGUAUCGGUGUCCGGUAUUGCUACCGGCUUAGAGACUUCGAACUCAGUGAAAAGCUUGGUAUGCAGUCCAGAUCUCACAAUGUUCGCUGCCACACCGAGAUGCAGUGGAGUUGAGGCUUCAGAUCCGACCAAUCCAAUGACGACGGAAAUUGGAAAAUAUCAGUGUUUGGUUUGUCAGAAGAGCUUCACGCAGAAGAGUGUAUAUCAGAGUCACCUGAGGUCGCACGGCAAGGAUGGCGAGGACCCGUAUUGUUGCAACAUCUGCGGUAAGACAUUCGCGGUGCCAGCGCGACUGACACGUCACUAUCGUACUCACACUGGCGAGAAACCGUACCAGUGCGAGUACUGCAACAAGUCGUUUUCGGUGAAGGAGAACCUUAGUGUGCACCGGCGUAUCCACACGAAAGAACGACCAUACAAAUGCGACGUGUGCGGACGCGCGUUCGAGCACAGUGGCAAGCUGCACCGCCACAUGCGUAUCCACACUGGCGAACGACCACAUAAGUGUACUGUGUGCGCUAAGACGUUCAUACAGAGCGGCCAGUUAGUAAUACACAUGCGCACACACACUGGUGAGAAGCCAUACGUGUGUAAGUCAUGUAAGAAGGGUUUUACUUGUUCUAAGCAGUUGAAAGUGCAUACGCGCACUCACACUGGCGAGAAGCCUUACACUUGUGACAUCUGUCGUAAGGCAUUUGGCUAUAAUCACGUGCUCAAGCUGCAUCAGGUAUCACACUAUGGCGAGAAAGUAUAUAAGUGUACGAUCUGCAACGAGACCUUUGGCUCUAAGAAGACGAUGGAGUUGCAUAUCAAGAAACACCCGGAGUCGCCGGCAUCUGUCACUUCCACAGUUACAGAUAGCGGUGUCUCCUCGCCAAUCGAACCAGACGUUGAGAUCUCUCAGAGCAGCGGCGGCGGCAAUGGCAAUCUUGGCCCAGGCGUGAUCCCGACGAGUCCAGGCUUAUCGGGUAUCGCCAUCGAUGACAAAGAGAACUUGAAGACUGAAGAGGCCUAUCCGGAUUCGACGUCGAACACAGCUUACUCUGUUCAACGCGAUUUUGCGUACUAUCUUUAUUCUGGCAACAGAGAGCAACAGUAUUCGCAACCAUUAGUAGCACCGCCAUCGAGCAUAGCAGAACCCGUGCUCGUUGACAUCGAUGAGAAACGCUUCCAGGCGAGCGUAGUGGUGAGUGCGCCGUUGGAACCAGUGGCCCAUCACGUAUUCUUUUAUCCCGAGCCAGCGUACAGCAGUUUUAAUUUGACCACCAAUGGCAAUGUCGAUCUCGACACUGCUGACUGCUCGUCCCUUUUAAAUCUACCAGGUAAUGAUGCACGCCGAAGAGUCGAGGCUGCUCUGGAGGCGGUUGAAGAAGAACGUCAAAGGCAAGAAUACAGCGCCGGGAUUGUCAAGAUUGAUCGAGAUCCAUUGCUUACGCCACCGUGUAGCAACCCUGAGAGUCCAGUGUCAUCACCUGACUUGGCUUUGGACCUAGCGAUACCACCGCGAGAAACACUGAUCUUGCCGCCCAGAAAACGUAGUAAGAUGAUUCUUCAAUCUAUGGAAAGUGAGUACAGGAGUAGCAGUAACAGUAAUGGCAGCCUAAUUGCGACUUCACAAAGACAAAAUUCCGUCAUUCAAUUUGCGCGAGCUUCAUAGUGAAAAUAAUUAACCUGUCAGCCAUUUCGCGAAGAUUGUUUCAAAGAUAUUUUAGAAACUGAAAAAAAAUCUUCCGAAAAUUUUAUUUUGCUACAUCGAGAUCGGGAACUAGAAAGAAACAAUUUGUUCCUACGACCAGGACAAAUUUGAGAGGAAGGAGAACUUAAUAGUGUUGCGAGUUUUAUUAAUUUUUCGACUUUAAUAAUUAUGAAGUGCGACGAGCAACAGACUUUCAACUCGUCAACCGUGAAACUGCGUCCGACAAGGAUGGUGACUUUCCAUUUCUAAAAUUGGGAAUAACAAUCUUAUGUACUUUUUCGGUAAAUUCUAAAUGUAACGCGAGUGAAUUGGAGCAUUGAUAUAUUAUCUUUCCAUUUACAAUCAGCAUCUGAGGAAGAGCUGAUCGCACCAAGUUAGUUCAGCGAUCAAAGCCGUGUUUGUUACUUAAUGACAUUUAAUAACAAUUAAUGCAAUUUGUCACGAAUGAGAUAUUUUCCUAAUGGUUCACGGGUGACAACAUUCGCAACUAUUUUCUCGAUCUUGUUCGAUAGCCUCUUGGUUUCUUGAGGCUUUAACGUUAUGUAUAUACUUAUGUUGGAUGUAUGAGAAAUGAAGAGAGAGACUGGAUAUAUUCCUCGAUCACGAAAAGAUCGCAUUGAUCGUGAGCGUGCAUGGUGAGGUAGCCGCGCGUACGUAAUACUAUUAAAAAAACGUAAUCUCAUUAAACUAAAUUUUUGAGAAAAAAUUCAGAGAAAGAUAAUUUGAAAAAGUUAUAAAAAAUAGAAAGUUUUUUUUAUGGAAAUCAAAAUGUUAAUUUUAAAGCAUAUUGUCAUAUCAUAUACAAAACAAACGCGCAUUUUAUCUUUUCAAAAGCUUUAUUUAACCCUUCGUUGACACAUCUCUUUUUUUCGAUUAAUUUUGACAGAUAUUUUGCAUAUGGAAGGUAGACUGUUUCGAUAAAUGAAAAACCAUUAAAAAAAGAUACAGAGCGUCAAAGUUGUCAUAUGAAUGGCUCACACUCAGUAUGUCAACAAAGGAUUAAACAAUUUUGUUACGUUUAAUUUGCUAUUAAAAAUAUAUUAUUUAUAUUUUAUAUUUAUUUUAUGUAUGUGUUAUUUAUAUUUCAAAUAUGUGGUAGAUUUAUUACGUGAGGGGUUACGUCUUUUUAACAUUGUGCGAAUCGUAUAUAGUACGGCCGAGUACCACAACCACACAAUGAUACACAAGUAUUCUACUUAAGCAGAAAGAAUGUGCUUAAAAGCAAUUUAUCUAAUUGUAAGUAUAAGAGAAAUAUAUUAAUAUGUACUUGUGGUAUUUGGCUAUAUUGUAAACUUACAUUGUACGGCAGCUGUUACUAGCAAUAUACAUAUAGCGGUCAGUAAUCAAUGUACAAAAUGAUUUAAUUAUAUUAUUAUUUAAAUAUUAGUCGGCCAACGUUUUGAAAUAACUAUCGCUAGCCAUACAACUGCCGAAUAUCAUGAUCAACGAUCGACCAUCAUUACGCCAUUGUCGGCUGUGUAAUAUAUUAUAAGUUGGCUGUUUGAAUGUUUAUUUGUUGAAUGGAGCGAGGCAAGGAAUUAUUGUAACUCGGACGUUUGCACGUAUUACCUCAUCGCUGCACGCGAAUAACGUCUGGUUUUUUUUUCUUUUUUUAUAUAUAAAUAAUUUAUACGCCCGCUUUUGGGUCUAACUUUUGACGUCGUGUAUUUGUCAUGUGUAAUUGUCUAACUCGUGCCGAUCGACUCGUCUUUUGCCGUGUCAAAUGCACGCUUGCGAAGGUCGGACAUCUAAUCUCUUGCCAGCCUUAACAAGACUGACGUCAGUCUACCUCGUUAGUGUCACGAUUCCGGUUUAACGGGGAGCUGCCAGUGGUAUCGAUAUCAUCGUCAUCGUUUGAUUACCAAUUCAAUAAAAGUAAACAAUAAAUUUAAAACGGUGAUGUAUUUUUUUUUAGUAUACACCAUUCUCUUGGUAGAUUAUUAUAAUUUUAAGAAAGUGAUACACGUGAUGCAGGAAAUGUUUCUAUUUGUUCACGUCAUGAUUAAUCACAAUCACUUACAGCGAUGAGUGUUUUUUUCAUUAAUCAAAUCAAUCAGAAAAUGUUAUAUUAAACUGGAGACAUAGACCAUCAGGUGGCGCCAUACUAGUGGCGAUGUGUGUGCCUGUAUGAUCUUAAUUUGAUAAAACCCUUAAAAAAAACUGAUUAAGAAUUUAAGAUGUUUACAGCCUUCAUAGGCCUUGUCUAUAAUAAAGAUUUAAGCUUUAAGUCGUUAGAAAUUGACCAAUCACAAUUGAGUAUUCUUAUAAAAAUCGACUGUGAUUGAUCAGUUUCUUAUGGUUUAAAGCUUAAAUCUUCAUUGUAGAUAGCAACUCUUAAAUUUAGAUAGCUGAGAAUUUUAUUUUUUAAAUCGUGUUUUUCUUGAAAACUAAUUUGUAUAAUAUUAGAAAUAAAUAUAUUCCAUCUGACAUUACAUUAAUCAAGUUGUGUUUUAAUAUUAGUACAAGUUGUCAUUUGCUCGAUGAUGAUGCUACUGGAAUCUCUGUAUUAAAUGUUUAGAUUGAAUAGACGAAUUUUUAUUCGUUGACAUUCAGAAAAUUUAGAUAAAAUCUCAAAGAUUCCAACUAGGUUUGCCAAUAUCGGUUAAUUGUAACUACAGAUCUAACUUAUUUUUUUGCCACCUACUUCCAGUCUUAAUAAUUAAAAAAAGAUAGCUCUAUGUUAAUGAACACAUUAAAAUUGAAAUUAACCAACUUUGGCGAAACUGGCUGUGCGAAUCUCUGAAAAAUAUCUUUGAAUUUUGCUCCCACAAUCAUACGCUUUUGAUUAUAUUAUUAUAUAUUUAUACGUAGAUAUUAGAUACAUAGUUUGCAUAGAAAAGAUACGAAACAAGGAUGACAAAUUGAAUUGACAAAGAAAGGAAAUCGCACCUUAAUGGUAUCGUCGUGAUUGUUUAUCGCUUUUGUGAGAAUUGGAAAUCAUUAUUUAAUACGUGAAAAUUAGUGCAUAAUAUAUUAAUCGGCGUAGCCAGACGAUACCGUUGCGGAUUUAUAAGAAAGAAAAGAAAUUACGAACAAAAAAGAAUGAUGGGAAAGAUUGAGAAAUUAGGGAAUUGAGGAAGAAGGGGAAGAGAAGUGUACCAAACAAUUUAAUAUCUCUGUGAUAAGAACUCCAUAGUAUCAGAGUAUUAAGCGGAGCCCACUGCCAGAGUACAAGCGUAUAUGUGCACAUGCAUGCUAGUGUAAUGUAAAAUUAUAAUGACACACUGUAUGACACACAGUGAUAUUACAUUAUCAUAACGCAACGCAGUUUGACACAAAACUUUUCAACUUUCGAAAAUCUGUCAAUUUUCAAAAUUUUAAAUAUUAAAAUUUCAUGCGGCUGUACGGAAUUUUACAUAAAUUCUAAUUUUUGGUCGAGUUUACACUUUAUGGAUUUUAAACUUUCUCAGUAAACACUAAUUAACAAUAACAUAAUAUCAAUGUUAUAAUUUUACAUUCAACAAUGUAAUUGUUAUGUAUAAUAUUUAUUAUAUUACAUUUACACUGUUGAGUGUGUAAAAUUAUAACAUUGAUGUUUAUUGGUGUCGACAGAGUUUACAUUCCAUAGCGUGCGUACAAAAGAAGUUGAUUAAUAUUUAUUAUUUAUUUGUCCAAUUAAUAACUUUGGAUCUGUUGAUAAAUUAUUAUUUUCUUCAAACGUACUUAUCAUGCAACAAUUAAAUCUUCUCUCGAAAAUUCUCAGAUAUUUUAAUAAAUUACACAGUAAGCAAAAUAUCAUUAACGUUAUUACAAUGAUAUUUUAUAAUGCAAUGUUUUAAAAAUAUAUAGUUUUAAUAUUACAUACGAGAGUAGUUCGUAAAGUUCUUGGGUUGAUAAGAAAACGCAUAAUUUAUGGAUUUUAUAAACUUUUUCUAAAUUUUUUAACAUAAUUUCCUUUUAAUUCGCUACACGCUAUUUUAAUUUUUUUAUAUCGUCUGUAAUACGACUUCUCUAACCCCCUCAACAUAAGUAUUAAUUUCUUUGAUUACUUUGGUAUUUGAGCCAUAUCUAUUUUCAGCAAGUCAUUUUUUAUAUUUGAAAAAAGAUAAAAGUCACUGAGAACUAAAUCUGAUAAAUGCGGUGCGUGGAACCAAUUCGAAGCGCAAUUCACGAAACUUUUUAAAAUGAGAUAUUUUAUCAUUGCGCAAUAUCCAUUUUUUUUUAAAUUAUUUAUAUGAUUGAAAUAAAGAAACUAACGAACGCAUAUGUCAGAAAUUGUGUCAGCAAUCCUCUGCAAGUUCAAACUUGCAAAAUUAUAGUAGUUUGAUAUUUGUGACGCUAUUUUUGUAUCAGGCUGAGAACUUUUCGAAUUAUCAUACAACGUUAUUAUGAAAAAUAAAUGAGUAAUACAUUAAAUAUAAUAUUUCUACAUUGCAACGUUUAGGAAUAUUAUGUCAUAAAGUAACAAUUUAAAAACAUAUAAAAUAUUAUGGCACAUAAUUUCAUAAAAUUUAUAUAAAAUCAAUGUUUUCAAGAUUUAAGAUUAAUUUAAUGUUGCUUACUGGGUUUUCAAAUUAACUUAGCAAACAGAGCUCUGCGCAAACGAUACAGUAAUGAAUUAUUUACCCGCUCGAAACGCCUGGCUACCGUAACAUGCGUGUACAUAUAUGCGUUCAUUCAAGUUCACAUAACAAUAACGAGUAGUGUAACUUGUAUCAUGUAUUUAUACAUAUAAUAUUCGCAAUUGCUGCGAGAGAGUACACCGCGCGGCCCACUCUCAUUAUUUUCGAUAUUUAUUUUAUUAGAGUUGAAAAUAGUGCAAUCAUAAUUUUAAGUUUAAUCAGUCUCAGACUGCAUCCUAUAAUAAUGUAUAACUUUCAUGAUAACUUUUUUUUGAAACUGCGUUUUCAAGUUUUCAAUAUAAUACAAGACAUGUCAUAAAAUUUUAAAACUGCAAUUUGGAAACUGUUAAUUUCUUCGGAACGACUUAUUUAUUCAUCUACGUUUGGAUUAAACGUUUAACGUUUUAAUAUUUAGAUUCUAAAAAUUAAAACAAUUUUUAUUUUAGAGAAACUUCUUACUGUUCCCUGAUGGCAAUUGUAUGGUGAAUAUAAGCUGCGCGGUGUAAUGUGAAUUGAGAAUGUUAAUUAUUAAGUAUUAUAUUAAUAAAAAAAGUAACAUAACGACGUCACUAUUGAUAGCAUAGAAUGCCUAUUAUUACUAUUAUUUUACUAUAUAUUAUACUAUUAUAAUUAAUAUCAUUAUUAUUGUCAUUAUUAAUAUUAUAAUUUUAUAUCAAUUAUUAUUUAUAAUUAUUGUGAAAUCAUAAUAUACAUACCAGAAAUAGGAACUAUUUUGUUCUAAUUGGUAUGUAGAACUGAUUAUGUAUAAAAGUAUCAUUUUUAUAAAAGAUAAACGGAACAUCAUUUUAUCGCUCAUUUUUCAUUUUAUUACAUUUGUUGUUACAAUCAUUAUUCGAGAAUUUUUUCUCGCGAAAUCGAGAGCAACCUAUUUCGAAGUACAAGCGGAGGUCUUUUCUUAAUUUUAGAGCGUUGUGAAAAUUGUAUAAAAAUUUAUUAUUGUUUUUGUAUUUAUAAAAUUUAUAUAAAUGAAUAAAAAACUGAAUUUCCAAA